UAGUUAUGAUUACAGUAUCAACUAACAAAAUCAACCAUCAACUGACUUUUAAGAUUAGUUAUAUGGAUUCACAAUUGCCUAGGCUGACGAUUCACUUUGGUAACUGAGAAGGUGAAUUUUUUCUCAAUGAGAUGUUUGCAGAUGGUAAUAUAUUUUGUUGGAGACACAUUUUGAAGUUGAAACCCCCAUCGACUGUUCGUUCCAUUUAAUGACACCUCUUCCACUCGAAGAUUUUCUUAAUUUCAACUUGAUUAAUUAACAUCAUAAAAUGUACAUUGUUGACGACGCAUAUUUGAAAUCUGAACAUUCAAGAGCAUUUCGGAGGCAGUUACUGGUCGUGUUAACAGUGAGUUUGGGCACGUUUCUUACGGGAUCUUCUAUAGGAUGGAUGUCUCCUGCGUUACAUUGCCUUCAGAGUAAUGACAGCCAUAUUAAAAUCACUUCGGAAGAAGGCUCAUGGUUGGCACUUUAUCCGGAAUUUGGUCAUUUUUGCGCUCCACUCUUGACUGGUUAUUUCACCGACAUGAUUGGACGUAAAACAGUUUUCAUCACGGGAAGUAUUUUCACAUUGGUGGGAUGGUUUCUGAAAUUUUUAGCGGGAAGUUUAACAACAUUAUAUGCAGCUAGAAUAAUGCUAGGAAUUAGUUUCGGCAUUACAAUGACAGUAUCGCACAUCUACGUAGCAGAAGUAGUAUCCAAACGAAUUCGAGGCACUUUUUCGUCUUUACUUUUCGUCACUCUCAAUUUGGGCAUAGUGUUUGAGUUCAUUAUCGGAAGUUAUCUGUCAUUCAAAACAUCAGCCUUGAUAACGACCAUCAUUAGUGUUUUUUACGUAAUCUCGCUAUUUUUCAUUGUCGAAUCUCCGUAUUAUUAUGUGGCAAAAAACAAAGAAGUUGAAGCUCGAAAGGCUAUGAUAUGGUUCAAAGGCUCAUUCAACGAGGAGACGAUCGCAGAAUUCAAUUCUAUGAAAAAACAAAUCACCGGACAAAGCUUAAAAUUUUCUCAAUCAUCGUUUAAAAGUUUCAUGAUCUGUAUGCUUCUCAGCUUUUUGAGCGAUACGACUGGAAGACCAGCGGUGAUAACAUAUGCGAUGCAGAAUUUCUCUAACGAUUCGUUAAUGUCUCCUACUGGUUUCACCAUUUUGCUCGGAAGUUUGAAUGCAUUAUUACCUUUAAUACCUACUUUGCUUACGGAUAAAGUGGGGCGAAAAGUCAUCAUCAUAAUAUCUGCAAUAGUCGGAGGCGUAAUGCACUUCUGCACAGGUACAUUAUACUUUUUGCAUGACACAAAAGGCCUUACCAUUUCUGGCUACGGUUGGUUGUUAUUCAGUACGAUAACUAUUUACUUGUGUAGUUGUUCAAUUUUCGUGACGAAUGUGUUGACAUUAAGAGGCGAGUUAAUUUCAGAAAGUAGUAGAGGAAUGACAUCUGGUUUGGUAUCCAUGAUGUAUGCUUUGGCUAUUAUUCUUACGAUAAAAACUUUUCAAGUGGUACGAGAUAACUUGGGGCAGCAUUUUGCAUUUUGGGUUCUUAGUGGAUCAAGUCUUGUAUUUGUGCUGUUUACUAGCUUCUUUUUACCUGAAACCAAAGGGAAAACGCUGGAUGAAAUUCAGAAGCAAUUGGGCAGAUCAAAUUAAAAUUAAAGUACGUUCAAAAUGUUUCGGUAUGUAAAUCAUUGACAUGUGUCCAAUAUCGAUCAAACUUCCAGCGAACCUACAUGCAUUACUUUUAAGAAUUUUUAUUAAUUUUUGUAACGAAAUAUACGAAUACAAAUAAUUACAAUUUAUAUGAAAUAGAAUAAAACCCAAAUACAUAGCGUAGAAUAAGUACUUUUAUUAGUUUCAUAUUACAGAUUUUUUUCUGUACAAAGUUUUUUUUUUUUUUAAUAAUAACUCUCAUCUACCUCAACCAACAAGAAAAUUACUGGCAUCUUAAAACGCAUGAUAUAACGGUGUUCAAAUAAAAUUGAAAGAAAAAAAAAUUAUCUAAAAAUGCACAUGAAAACUUCAGGGAAUACAAAACGUGUAGACUGAAUUUUCAACAUUCUUAAGAAGAGCGUUUUAAAGAUGACGCAAGUAUAAUUAUAAAUAAGGAAAAUAGGAUUGCGUACUUUAAUUAGCUUUUUAUCUCGAGAAAGAGCGAUUUUACGCAUUUUUAAUUUAACACAGAAAA